CAUAGCCAAGAGAAGAAGAAGAAAAAGAAUCUAGAGAUGGAGAAAAAUGAUGAUAAAGAUGUUUCUCUUCAGGAACUCAGAGUCAUGCUUGCAGAAUUUGCUGAAGUUAGAGGAUGGGAUCAAUAUCACAGUCCCAGAAAUCUUCUUCUAGCACUAGUGGGGGAGGUUGGAGAGCUUUCUGAAAUAUUUCAAUGGAAGGGAGAAGUGGCAAGGGGACUACCCAAUUGGAGUUCUGAUGAUAAGGAACAUUUAGAGGAAGAGCUCUCAGAUGUUUUGCUUUAUCUAGUUCGUCUUGCUGAUGUUUGUGGGCUUGAUCUUGGCCAAGCUGCACUUACAAAGAUAGUGAAGAAUGCGAGAAAAUACCCAAUUGGCAAUCCAAAAUUUUCUACCUAAAAGCUUUGCUCUCAUCUCUCCUCACUAUUUUCAUUUUAUUUUGCUCUUCUUCUUGUUUUCUUUUGCAGAGAUCAUGUUGUUGGGUCUGAUUUGUGAGAGAGAAGUAGUAUGCUAUAAUUUCAUAGUUCAAUUAGAAUAAGUUAAUCUCUCUUUUAGCGUCUUAAUCAUCUUGUUUAGCAAAGAAGGGCCCUUGGAGGCCAUAACAUAUUUAUAGUUAAGGCAUCUCAUCAUCACCCAAAAGAUUAUAGUAUCUUAGUGAAACCGUGGGGGCGGUUGACUAGUUCCACAACUAGUGUACUUAGUUAGUUAAAAGUUUAACUUUAAAAUGUGGUCGAAGGGAUUUAAAACUUU